GGAGGAGGAGAGAGAGAGAGAGAGAGAGAGAGAGAGGGAGAGAAAGAGAGAGAAUGCGGGACUCUUGGAAAAAGACGCAUCUACACUCGGUCCAUCACUGAGACAUCCAUCCCGAACACAGGAUGCACAGGAUUACGCUAAACUGAUUAUGCUGUUCGGAUCUGCCUUUUAGGCCACCAAGAGAGGCUCGAAUUUUCUGUUUUAUGAGGGGGAAAAAAAAUAUUAUGAGAAACUCGCUCUGAAAAGCACUCUCGUCUCCUCAUAACUUGCGUGAAGGAAUCCGACGGCUUAGCACGUUGCUCCACUGCGGGAAAAAGAGGAAGAAAACGCAGCUGGAUCUAAAGGUAAGAAGAGAUCCAGAAGCAUCCUCCCAAAGACUUUUCUCCAAACUGAUUUUUACUCCUCGUUUGAGGACGUGAGUUGAUUUUCAUCAGCGUCCGGAUAGCCGAGCGGGGUUUUUUUUCUAUUGUGUGGUGCUGCAUUGCAGUUUCUAACUGUGAAAAACGCGAGAAAAGCCGCUGUCCCAAAUGUGACUGGAAUAAAAAAGAACUUACAAAUGGCAUUAUGAACUGAUAAGCGUCCUCGUGUGACAACGGGAUAACUCUCCGGUUUACUGGGAAGAAAGGAGUGAGGAACAGUCAAGUGGAUUAAUCCGAGACUGAUGAAUUAGUUUUUUCUUUCUUCGCAGCAGGAUGGAUUUUUUCAUAUCUUUGUGGCAUGAACAGCCCAGCGAGACAACGAAAUCAUUAUUAUAGAAGUUGAAAAAGCACUGCUGAGUGUAGGAGGGGAAUAGAGGAGAGUAGCUUGCACCGCUUAAGUGAACUACCGGGAGAGUGCGGAAGCUUUUCCCCGGACCUCAGGCGGCAGUCCGCAGAGAGCGAUAUAGGAAGAGGGUAGGGAAGGGUAAAUCAAACACCCACGCUGUGAGGUACACCACAUCACAAAACACCAAUAAAGAAGAGGCAAGCCGCAGCUCAGAAACAGCAAAGAGAGAGGCGAGAGGAAGAAGGAGCCAUGCAGAGGCUUGGUGCAGUGCACUCCUCCGUGGCGCAGGCUCUCAGCCUCGUGGUCUUAGUGCUGCAGCUGCUGACUCAGCUACCGGGUGCCAACUCAGCUCUCCGGUACCGGGUCGCGGAGGAGGGCCCACCUGACGUCAAGAUUGGCAACGUGGCCGCCGAUCUGGGGCUCACGGCAGGUACAGGCAGCGGGGAUGUCACCUUCGCCCUGGAGAGCGGCUCAGAGUUCUUCAAAAUUGACAAUGUGACAGGUGAGCUGACAACGGGCCCACGGCGCAUCGACAGAGAGAAGCUCCCACAAUGUCAGAUGAUAUUUGAUGAAAACGAGUGUUUCUUGGACUUUGAGGUGUCCGUGAUAGGGCCGCUGCAGAGCUGGGUGGACCUGUUUGAAGGCCGUGUGGUUAUAACAGACAUCAACGACAACACACCUUCCUUCCCCUCACCUGUGCUCCAGCUCUCUGUUGAGGAGAAUCGCCCAAUAGGAACCCUUUACCUGCUGCCCACAGCAACAGACAGGGAUUUUGGGAGAAAUGGAAUUGAUCGCUAUGAGCUGAUCCAGGAUGGUGGAGCCGGGGGAAGUUCAACAAGACGCACAGCAGGAGGAAAUCCAAUUACUAGAGUAGAUGGACUUGGGGAUCGAAGGGGUAGAAGUGGAGAUAAUGGAGGAGCCAGGAGCACUGUGUUUGAACUCCAAGUUGCAGAUAUACCAGAUGGUGAAAAACAACCACAACUCAUCGUGAAAGGCACAUUGGAUCGAGAGCAAAAAGACUCAUAUGAGCUCGUCCUCAGGGUUCGAGAUGGAGGAAACCCACCACGUUCCUCCCAAGCUCUGCUUCGUGUUUCCAUCACUGAUGUGAAUGACAACAGCCCACAGUUUGAGAGGUCCACUUAUGAGGCGGAAAUGGCAGAAAAUGCUCCUCCAGGUACACCUGUCCUCCAAGUCAGAGCUUCUGACCGUGACAUUGGGGUCAAUGGGCAGGUGGAGUACGUCUUUGGAGCUGCCACUGAAUCUGUCAGGCGACUCCUGCGGCUGGAUGAGGCAACCGGAUGGCUGAGCGUUCUUCAUAGGAUUGAUCGAGAAGAAGUGUCACAACUGAGGUUCACAGUAAUGGCCAGAGACCGGGGUCAGCCACCCCGCACUGACCGUACCACUGUAGUUUUGGCUGUGCGGGAUGAAAAUGACAAUGUCCCAGUUGUAGAGAUCCGAAAGAUUGGACGGAUCCCUGUUCGAGAUGGAGCAGCUUUAGUACCAGAGAAUGUUCUGGUGGACACCCCAGUGGCUCUGGUUCAGGUGUCAGACCGAGACCAGGGAGAGAACGGAGCUGUGACGUGCACAGUUGUAGGAGAUGUCCCAUUCACAUUGAAGCCAGCCGGUGAAACAGCACUCCCACCCCUACCUGCAGAGGAUGCCUUUGACAGGAAUAAGAAAAAAUACUUCUUACAUACGUCUGCCUUGCUGGACUACGAGAUCACCAAAGAGUACAGUGUUACCAUUGUGGCAGUAGAUUCUGGCAGCCCCAGUCUGUCCAGCAACAGCUCUCUGAUGGUGCGAGUGGUAGAUAUCAAUGACCAUGCCCCAACGUUUGCUCAGAGCAUUGUGGAGGUUCACUUUGCUGAAAACAACUCACCUGGUGAAAGGGUAGUCACUGUGGUAGCCACAGAUGCAGACAGUGGCAAGAAUGCAGAAAUUGCAUACUCCCUGGACCUUGCUGCCAAUGGGCCAUUUUACAUUGAUGCAGAUAAUGGGGAUAUCCGUGCCACCGGUACUUUAGACCGUGAGCAGCGAGAGAGGUAUGAACUUCGGGUUAUUGCCAAGGACAAGGGUACCCCAUCUCUGCAAGGCUCUGCAACUGUUGUCAUUCAGGUGACUGACCGAAAUGACAGCCCACCAAAGUUUGUUCAGGAAAUCUUUACAUUCUAUGUGAAAGAGAAUCUGCUUGCCAACAGCCCAGUUGGCAUGGUCACCGUGACUGACGCUGACGAAGGUGAGAAUGCAGAACUUAGUCUGUUCGUAGAAAUGGAUGGAGUUGAUGAGAAGAAGACAGGAGAGAAGACAGAAGGUGAGGAUGGACAGAAAGAGCGAGAAGAGGUGUUUUCCAUUGAGAACAACACGGGAACCAUCUUCUCUUCAGUAUCAUUUGACCGUGAAAAGCUUUCCACCUACACCUUCCGUGUCCGCGCUGUUGAUGGCGGGGAGCCACGCAAAACUGCAACUGCCACUGUUUCGCUCUUUGUGACCGAUGAAAAUGACAAUGCCCCUUCAAUCACCUCCCCAACCAAUGAGUCCUACACCCUGCUUCCACCUGCCAGCAGUGCCCGCACCAUUGUCAGGACUGUAACAGCCAUAGACUCAGACACUGGCGUAAAUGCGGACCUCCACUAUGCUCUUGUUGGGGGAAAUCCCUUCAGACUGUUUGAGAUUGGCCACACCAAUGGAGUGAUCACCCUGGCAGAACCACUGGAGCGGCGCCACAGAGGUCUGCAUCGCCUGGUGGUCCGGGUUAAUGAUAGUGGGAUCCCCUCUCUCUGUGCCACUGCCUUGGUUCAUGUCUUUAUCAACGAGAGCUUGGCAAAUGCCUCCUUAGUGGAUGCUCAGGUGGCUCGAAGCCUGAUGGCUCCACUGUCGCUGGACAUCGCAGGGGACCCAGACAGCGAACGUGCAUUAGGGAAACAGCGCCUCAGUGUAGCUAUCGGUGUCCUGGCGGGAGCCGCAGCAGUCAUCCUGGUUAUCCUCCUUGUCGUCACAGCUCGACAGUGUGGGGCUCAAGGCAAGAAUGGCUAUGAAGCUGGUAAAAAGGAGCCGGAAGAAGACUUCUUUGGUCCUCCUGGGGCCCAGCCACAGGCCGGCCGUGGCAGGGGAUCAGACCGUGGCCGCAAACCUCGACGGGACAAACGCAAUGGAAGUGGCGGUAAUGGAGCUUCGGGAGGAGGGAAGUCCGACAGGUCACUCUACAGUGGCAUUGUCACAGUCAACGGGCUGCGUCGCCAUGCCGAUGAUGAUGAGGAGGAUCUGAGCAGUGCCAGUGAGCGCCUGGCAGCCCGCUACUGUGUUGUGGAUGGUGACCCCGGCAGUCCACGGAUGGGCGGUGGCAGGAGACACCAGUCAAGCCCUGACCUGGCCAGGCACUACAAAUCCAGCUCACCUCUCCCUGCAGUGAAUCUACAGCCCCACUCCCCCCCAGCUGAGGGUAAGAAGCACCAGGCGGUUCAGGACCUGCCUCCCUCCAACACCUUUGUGGGCAGUGGAGGUUGUGUGGGAAGUGCCGGCUCCAGCAGCAGCAGUAGUGGGGGCAGUGGCAAUGCAGAUGCCAUGUCCCUGGGAUCUGACCAGUGCUCAGAGUAUGGCUGCCAGACUGGGAACAAGUACAGCAAACAGGGGACCCUUCGUCGGGUGACCUUCUCAGUAGUCAGUCAGCCCCAGGAUGGCGGUUGUUAUGACAGUGGCCUGGAGGACUCGGAGACACCAAGCAGCAAGAGUUCAUCAGGGCCGCGGCUGGGAGCCUUACCGCUGCCCGAGGAAGGCUACGAGCGGACCACACCGGAGGGCAGCGUAGGGGAAGAGGAGCAUGUGGAGAAUGAUGCCAGACAGCUGCCGGAUGUAGCUCUUACAGGAAAGUGUACCAGGGAAUGUGAUGAGUUUGGCCACUCUGACACUUGUUGGAUGCCCGUUCGCCCCUCGCCUCGCCAGCGUCAGCGCCAUGGCAGCGACCCCCCACGGCUCUCCACCUUCGCCCCAGGAGAUGAUAACAACAAUCUCCGUGGAAAUGACCAUGAGAGUGACAGCGAGAGCGCUGGCAGUGCAGGGAGCUCAGAACCUGGAGUGGUCAUCAGCGGAGAAGGUCAGAGAUUACCCUUAGCCAAUGGGGAUCCUCUCGGAACCCUGGGUAGAGGAGACCGCAACAGGAAUGUGGGCGAUCACAACCGUAACCUACUGAACCGCAAGAUGACUUCGGCAUCCUAUGACACGUUUAGCAGCGCAGGCUUCGGGAGGCGCCAGCAAGAGGAGGAAGGAGGAGAAGGCCAGAACCCACCUGAGGUCAUUCCACUGACACGGACAGGAGGGGACUACAAGACCACGUCCUGCCUCACGCUGUCACGCCGCGAGGUCUACCUGUGACAGCCUUGCAAUGGAGCAAUCAUCACCACACCUCUAUGUUUUCUGAAAAAAAGGGAGGGUUAAGACUUUACUGGCAAGUCAUGAUUUUGGAAGGACUUUUAAACCUGUGAAGAUGUGAAAAAGUCAGAAAAGUUAUUUUCCAUAACCUAUAUAUUAAAUUGGAAUUUUGGACACUGACUACUAUUUAUAGGCACUUAAAUUUAAGUAAGUAAGGGAUGAACUCUUCGGGGAGCUUCGACCAGGAGUAGUUUCUAAAAAAAAAGAAAAAAAAGUCUUUUUUAAAUGCAAGUGAAAGUUGCCUACAGGCAAAUAUGCCAUUAAUGUCCAUGUGGAGGAGGACAACUUCAUCUCUUCUUUUUACCUGAAUCCAAUGCAUGCCUGACCCCCUACCACAGAGGGAUCUGUGUGAAGAAGACAGAGACUGAGUAAAUCCUGAUGCUAUAAAUACUUCAGUGCAUAUGAAAACUUUCACUGAGGCUACAGCAAGCAAGAUUUUGACUCAACUGGUGAACCAUCACCCGAAAAAAAAAAAAAGCAAAGACGUCUUUUCCAGUCAAUUGAUUGAGUUAUUUGGAUCUAAUUCAAACCAGUCAGACUUUCUAAUGCCUAAUCAACUCCAUCGUGACACAGGACAAGAAUAUCAAACUGCUAAUCCUGUGAAUCUUAACAAGUCAUAAGCAGAGUAUCAAAGCACCAACAAAAGUGUUGUCACUGUACAGUUACAUGGUAGAAAAAAAAUGUACUUAUCUCAAAAAUCAGGUAUUGUUGUUUAAAAACAUAAAUGAUUCAGAGCAAACUGCAACAAUGUGAAAAGACUUUUUACAGUAAUCAAAUGUAACCAUUCAGAUUACAAGUUUCUCAUAGAGUAUCAGUAGUGCCACCGUAUUCCUGCGUGUGUGAAAAUAUAUGUUUAUGAUUUUGCCUUCGCACCCAGUCUGUAUGUAUACUGUAUAUUGUAUGUGUGUACUUGAUAAAACGGCAGUGUUAUCUCUCUGCUCGUGUCCACCGUUUCAGAGUAGACUGAGGUGCUGAGUUUACUCACACCUGUGGUAUCCUAACAGUGUUCAUGUAUCACAAUUGUUCUUUCACACACAUGCAGACACACAUACACAUGCACGCAUGCACGCACUUACACACGCAGACCGAAGCAUGUGAACACAAACUCGUACGGUGCAGAAUGCAGAAUGUGAACAUACAUAGGGCCACAGUUUAUGACAUGAUUCAGUGGCCAUGUAACAUAUCGUAUAUGAUAACUUGCAUUAACUUUCAUACAGAAAACAUUAAGUACACACACACACACAAAGCAUAUUAAACAUAAGUAGAAACACAAACCCAUUUUAAGAUGUGCGCAAUGCGCAAUUCAUAUGCGCUAUGUGUAUGUGCUGUUGAUCAUAUUUUAUUAACAUACUGCCUCUCAUUGAACUAGCUGUAGCAUUUUUGCCUGCUCCCCUCCAGCCAGUAUUUAAACAUGAAAUGUAUUUAAAUAAUUACUCAUCUCUUUGACUGAUGUGUGGGGCUACAUUAAAGGGAAUUUCAGACAUGACAUCUACUGUAUGUAAUGAUAAGAAAAUGUUGGGAUAUGAGAUAUUCUGCAUAGUGUAAGUAGGACUCAUAGAAAAAAACACAUUUCUGUAAGAAAAAAAAAAGGAAAAGAAAAAAGGAGUCUGCAUGAAAGAAAGAAAAUGCUAACUUUUUUCUCUUUUUUUUAAACCACAUGCCUUUUUGGAUACCACGCCUAUUUGGAUACAUCUGUACUAUGUGUGUGUGCUUACGGGGAAAUGGAGAUAAUGAUGGCGGCAAGGGAGUUAGCUUCAGUGGAUUAAGCUGUUCCUUCUUUAUGGUGGAGCAACUUUGGGGUAACCUUGGGCCUUUCUCUCUGUUUCCUCAGCUCGGAGUUGGCACAAAUGGUGCCGCAGGCUGUAGCAAAAAAGAACACAAUGUAGUGGGAGCGCAGAGUUCUGCUGCAACCUUUUCACCACACAGUGCCGACCUGAACACACCCAUGGUGCUGUGUUGAGCUGCAAAGAUAACAGACUCCUUCACUUUCGUCCUUCCCAGCAGCUACUGCGCAACUCCAGACACACUCUGCUGCACCGGGCUGACGAGUGGGUGUGGAUCGAGGCCAGCACAUCUUAAUUCUCAUCAUCAGUGUGUGGUUCAGUGGUGUGAUAGGGAUAAUAGGGUUAGGUCGUCCCUGUGGUCUUAAUGAGUUUCCUUUCUCCUCUCUGUUCCUCUCUUGAUCUGCACUGAUCUCAUUAAUGUCUGGAUAGGCGAAUGUAACACUGCUGGAAAUUGCCAGUAAGUGUGUCUCUUCAUUUUUCUGGCUGUUUUGGAUCAGAUGGGGCGAAGGAGAUAUGCUUGUUAAGGAUGUGCUACAAUUAAGUUCAUAGAUCCUUGUAGAACAUAGAGUUAGUCAGAAAGGAACAACACUCAGGUAAGAUGUGCGACAAUGUUUAAGUUGUUAACUAACUAACUGCUUGUGGUGUAGGUGCCACCUCCACUACAUUCAUUUUACAGUGGUGGAUGGCCUGAGAAACGGGGUGUGCUCUAUGUGCGUGAUUGCACUUUGUAUACUUGUAUAUACCUUCAGUUUCACAGCUCUGUGACUGACCACCUUUAGCUUCUUUUAGACCACUGAUGUACUUACUCCCUAAGCCUUCAUUACCCCCAAAUCCCCAACAUGGCUGUUGACUGAGCUCUUUCAUUGAUGGACUGUACUGAGGAUGUAACGAAACUCCAGACCUAAUGCAUGGAGGUAAUCUGCUCGUGGGGAGUUCAUGCUGAAAAAGAGACUGGUGAAAACAAUCACAACAUCCUGCAGAGUACAAAUGAGGAGAGACAGAAGGACACAUGUUCUUUCUCUGGGAGAAAGAGCUGAGAUAAGUGUGUCUCAAUUGCUUGGACACACAAAGGACUAACGUCCAGUUUGUCAGUUUUGAAAAGAGACUCUUCACACAGCCCUGCCUCUUCACAGUGGCAUAUAUUUCUUCAAACUGCUGUUUUAAGGCAGUUCCGUUAUGGCACCUUUCAAAUCUCCCGUCUGGACUGAAGGGAACUUGCUGUACAUGAAUCAAUGUGGGUGUGUAUUGUUUUUAUACUGCACGUUUAAACAUGAAUAUGUUUCAGUCUUUCGCAAAACAGAGGGGAGACAGACAGAAGAGCGUAACGUCUAAGAUACAUCACGCACUAACCGAGACAUUUUUAAAAACAGACACUUCAGCACACGUCAUGUACCUGUCAUCCCCCUCGUGCUGUUACCCUUAUAGCCAUGUACAGAUAAAACUACAUUGUAGAACAGACAACUGGAAACGCAUAACAGACAAUGGCAUGCUUAAGGUCUUCAAAUCUGCACUUGAGAAAAAAAUGAGAAAAAAAGUGUUAUUUUUAUUUCCCUCUCAUUUUUUUUUCUUUUCUUACGGGGCCAGCUCUGUUUUUUUGCUGCUCCCCUCCUGUAAUUACAUAAUGAACUAAUUGCAUUUGUUAUGACAAGGAAGAAGAGGAGCUGUUGAUGAAUGGUUUGGUACGAAGAUGAAUCAUGUAAAGUUUGACUUUGACAUUAAAAACUUCAAACACUU